AUGGCUCAUGGACUCUUCCAGCUCAGCAGCGGCCUCUACACCGGGGUCGCUGUCCUCCUACUCCUCGCCUGGACGUUAACAGCACUUGCUUUCACGGCACUCAACGUACUCAACAGUAAUAGCUCCUACCUCGAAAUCAUCGCGUCGAGCAGUCUCCUUACCUUUCUCUUCUGCCGUCUUCUCGUUGCCUCGAGUGAGUCGAGUCCAUCAACUCGCCAAGAUGAUACUAUUGCUCGAUUGGUUGCCUCUGCAGACCAUGGAUCGCGUCGGGGCGCCGUCGUUCUUUUUGGGUUGUGCUGCACAUGGCUAUACGAGCUGCUUAACCAGGCGGUGUUGUUAUUUUUUAUGACUGUCUUUGGGAGUGUCAUGGCUACCGCUAUAUACAAUGAUGCAUUCACGGAUGACGUGGUGGAUGUCGACGAGAGUACAACGGCUUUGUCAGUCGAGAUGGACAAAUUUGAAGAGAUGGCUGGCUUUAAUCCGACGCAGAUGUUUAAGUUGAUUCCACCACGGCUGUUGGUUUAUUUUGUCGCACUGGUUUGGUUGAACUUUCUGAGCUUGGGGGCUUAUGUGCUGGGCCAUGCAGCGGUGUCGCUGAAGAAGUUGCUGAGCUCGUCGGUAACUGUUGGGAGGGCCGGUACGGCUGGCGAGAAGGAAGUGGCUGCUAAACAGUAG